AAACAAAGUUACAGCGUGACGGAACUUCAUUUUUUGUCAUUAUAAUUAAUAAUUUCACAGAAAUUAAAAAUAAUUCUAUUUAAUUAUUACUGUCCAACCUUAGUUCAGCGGUCACUAAAUGUAAAACAUCCGGAUGUCAGUGAUGUCACAGAGAGCAGAUUCAGUGUUUGUCUCGUCUCUCGGUAAAGGAGACAGUUUACAUCAACAAGUUUUAGCAGCGUUUCCUUUGUGUCAGAUCUCAGAGGAGGAUUUGAUCCAGAAUCCUCAGUUCUGUAAGUUACUGGCGACUCUGUCCCAACAUGUGGACCGAACUGGACUCACACAGCACCUCAGGAGGGAUCGAGAGAAGGCCGAGCGUGAGCUGCACACUCAGAGGUUGGGAUGGCUGCGUUUGGAGAGCGUUCAUCGGGUUCUUCGAGAAAUCAUCCAGGAGAAUCGCUUCAGUAAAGCCUCCAGCACUCUGACAGCGGAGGACAAGUUCUACAGCACGCUGGAGCAGUGUUUGAUGGUGGCUCAGUGUGUGAAACAGAUGGACGUCAGCUCUGAUAGCAGUGAAGAUCACAGCGGUGUUCUGGGACUGACUGCAGAAAGAGUCAAGAGACAAAUGCCUCCUGAACAGGAGGUUUUAGAGAUGAAGCAGAGGUUGCCAUCAGAACUCCUGCAGCAUCUGAAGAAGAAGGCCGUCAGUAUCCUGACAUACUAUCAGCCAGAGUGGGAGAAUGAAAGCGAGGGUCUCAGGAGUGUGAAGCUUUCCAAACUUCCUGAACUGCUGGACACUGAACAAAAGAGAGCCAAGAGCCUUACAGAGAAAAACCGAGAGAACGGCACAUUACUGCAGCGACAAACACACACGUACCUGUCUGAGCUGCUGAAGUGCAUGAACAUCCUUCAGUGUCUCAUCCUGGAUCUCCGGCUGAAGGCUCAGAAAGAUCUAGACAGGAAGAAGAUUGAGUACUUUGAGGCCAAAUGUGAGAUUGGUUUGCAGAAGAUCAGGGCCGAGAUGCUUGAAGUUCAGCUGGACACAUACACAAGAGACAAGAUAGCGGCUCAUAAGAAAAUAACGGAGAAGCUGAAAGUGGAGCUGAAAUCCUCAGAGGUGGACAAACAGGCGGUGGAGUCUAAGCUGGCCUCCUUUGAGAUCUACGGCAAGGACUUUGAGGCUCUCGCUGAGGAAUAUUCAAGACUACAACAGGAAAUCGGCACUAAAUCUUGGGCGCUGAAGGAAUUCUCCACAUAAUUGACUGAAUUAGCUCAACAUUAAGCUAGUGUUCUGUAAUGCUAGUCAAAUCUCAUAUACUCAUCAGUUCUGUCAUGUAAUUCAUUUGAAUCCUGCUUUUGAAAUCAUAUAUUCUUGAUCAUUUAAUAUUAUUUUACUAAUUAACCAGUCCAAAUCAACAAGUCCAAGUUUAGUCAAAAUUGACUGUCCGCUUCUAUGUCAAUAAAUAAGUCAAACUUGAUUUGUUUUCUUUAUUCUUAUUGUUAUUUU